AUGACAUCAAACAAUAACAAAAAUUUUGACGAAACAAAAAAUCCAAUAGCAACAACAAAAAAAAUUACGAAAGAAUCUGAUUAUGAAGAUUGUUACGCGUGCAAACUUGUAGCCGGCACAGCAUUCAUUGGGCUUGGUUUAUACGCGUUACGACAGCGUAGGACAAUGAUACAAUUCGCUAAGAAAUCCGAAGAAAUUAUACCGUAUUUGCGAUUAAGAAGUGUCGGAUUGAGUAUUAUUGGAAUAAGUGCAAUCGGUGUUGGAAUGUAUAGGAUCGCGUAUUAA